AUGAACUGGUUCCAGAACGUGCCAACGUUGACAUGUGUCCCACUGCCUCCUCUCUUGGUACGCUGUGACAUGAGUCCCCCCGUGGGCACGGUAUGGCUUGGUGCAGAGCCCAUCUCCACUGUCAACAAAGUCACUGCUAUCAAGCUUUACACUAUUCACAGCAAAAGGGCAACAGAGGACAAGUCGUCCUUCAUAAGCCUGGAUGAACUGAUGAAGAUGCACCAGAAGAGACACCACGCACCUAUAGUGGACACCAAGGGCUAUGCGCAGUAUAACCUGUUUGGCUCCAUGCAGGUGGACAACACCAUCGAGUCGCAGUGCAGCAUUGUCAAUGUCUUCAGGUGGAGCAACUUGGAAAAGAUCCUGCAAAUGCCACCAAAGUCCUCUGAAGACGUUCUGCAGGCCCUUAAGGAGGAGGAGACAGGCACUCCCACCAAAGAGAAGAGCAUUAACAUCUACAGCACUGUAGGCCUGGACUGGGGGGGAUCUGGACCUCACCCACAAACUCUGGGGCAAGAUGCGAACAAUUACAUACAUGACACGAGCCUGUUGAGCCUGGCCCCCGUACACAUGGUGGUGCAGAUGGGCCUGGACAAGAUGAGGAAAAACUACAACAACUACCUCAUAGGAAAGGAGUGGACCACUAAUUAUUUGCUGAGUUACUACCUGAACACAGAGGUUGACCUCCAGGAGCAGGUGACGCGCAUGAAGAAACUGCACCACCUGCUGGAGAUCGUGGUGAUCUGCAGCACCUUCCUCAACCUGCCCCACGAGUGCCUCUUCCCAUUCACACAAUCAUGUCUGAGGUACUACAAAACCAGCCCUUAUGAUGAGGAACACGUCUUUCAGAUGGAAAUAAGACCUGUCAUGAUCAGCAGUUUCUACCAAAAGGCUUGUGAGAAGUGUGGCAGCCUGCCUCUGGUGAAUCAUGUGACCUUACACAUCAGGUGA